AUGGACAAAGUUAUCUUGAGAAACCUCAAUUUCGACCUCGCCGUAGGCUUCGAUGCCUGGCGCCGGUUCGGCAAGGCCCAGCCCACCUCGAUCACUGUCGAGGUCCAGCCCGAGGCGAAUUUCGAAGCAGCUGCCGCUCAAGACAAUGUCAAUCUCAGCAUGGACUACGGCGCCCUGUACAAGAGGAUCUGCGGCGGCGUGCAUGACGGAGAGGUUUUCCCAACCGUUCGGGCCCUGAUAUCUCGGCUACACAAUGUGGUGUACGACUUCACCAAGCUGGACAUCGACAUCUUGUUCCCCAAAGCCCUGCUCCAGGUCAAUGGCGGAGUAUUGUAUCAGUUUCAAGUGGAUAACUCUGGUCCUGGAGUGGCCAUGUCCACGUUGAGUGUGACCGUCAAACAAAUCGCUUGCAGCUGCAUUAUUGGAGUCAACCCGCAUGAACGCCUAUACCAGCAAUCAUUAUUCAUUGACAUUACUAUGCCUCUCAUGGCCGCUGCCGUAGGGUCAGAACCACCGGAGGAACCAUACACGGUAGCAUUACACGACAUGGUUAGAGAGACAGUCGAAAAAGUCAAUGGGUCGGCAUAUCACACCCUGGAAGCAUUGGCAACCGCGGUGGCCCAAAUAGUGACCGUCAAUUAUGGCCACAAAGCUGCAAAAGUCCGUAUUGAGAAGCCCAGCGCCAUCGCUACAAUUGAGGCUCCUGUUGUCGAGAUUACUCGUACCAAAGCGUUCUUCGAGAACAAGGAUUUCUGGAAAGUGAAACGUCCUUAG